AUGCACGGAUGUGCGUGCAGCGAGGCCAGCGAGAUUACCGUCGUCAUGGCAGGAGCAGUUAGUCCCUAUGCAAACCGCCUGAACAUCGGGGUAACGCUUGUUGCAACUGGGAAUGGUUUUCUACGCAAAGAGAUCGCUGCAACAUUGACGGCUGCUAUGGUGAUUCUUGCGCCGGGCUUGCUUGAGCUCAAGGCCCUGGACGGCUACGAACUCGCGCCCAUCUGCGACAUGAUUGAUGAGCCUUUGUCUAUCAUGAAUAACCUGAAAGGACAUCCAAUGUGUCCCGUCGAGCCUCACGUCGGGCACCGAUGGCCAUAUCAACAUCGGCCGGCUGAAUUAGAGCAUUGCAACAGACAGUGCGCUGCGUGCCAGAGGGUCAUCGAAAUGUGUAAUGCGCGGGCCAUCAGGCGUUGCUGUAUAGAUAGCAGAAGCCAAAGCUGUUCAUAG